ACGAAUUUCAGCGCAUAACUAAACUGAAACUGAGCUGUGUUAUAAGAAAAAAAAAAAUGUCUUCAAACGAAUUGGAUAGCGAAACAAAGUUGAUGGCUGUCAUAGGCGAUGAGGACACCUGCGUGGGCUUUUUGCUGGGCGGCAUUGGUGAAGUGAACGAGCAGCGUCAGUCCAACUUUAUGGUGGUGGAGCGAGACAGCAGCGCAGCUGACAUUGAGGCGUGCUUCAAGCGCUUUUUAGCACGUGAGGACAUUGCCAUAAUUAUAAUAAAUCAAGUAUACGCAGAUCUUAUACGCGCCACAGUGGAUGCGCAUGUGUUGCCGCUGCCCACUGUGCUGGAGAUUCCCUCAAAGCAGCAGGAAUAUGACAGCAACAAGGACUCGAUACUCAAGCGCGCAAAUCAGGGCAUUUUAAAGCCGCUGCGACGUCGCAAUAAUUUCAACUAGCCAAGUACAGUAUGCAUUGUCAGUUAACGGGCGCCGCACAAUUGAUUUGAAAACUUUUGUGAGCGAAACGCAAAUAUUUUAUACAAGUUGUGCAACUUUUUGAAGGAAAU